CCCCCAAUCAGGGAGGCGUGCUGGGAACACUCGAAGCGAGCCCCACAACUAUUGUGAUUUUUUCUUGUUUUGGAGUCAACAUAUUCCCCAUCUCCUUGCAAUAGGAUGCCAAAUUCGUCAGUGAUCAGCAGGGUGAACGCGGGAUUGGCUCGCUGUUUGAGCCACCAGCGGAGAUUGUGUCGCGGCAUUGCCGAGCUGGAGCGGCUCAUCCACAACGAUGAGUUCCUGAGGGACCCCAGGACGCAGUGGCUGCUCCACCAGCGGCGGCAAACGGAGGAGGAGCAGGCUGGUGCAGAUGCCAGGGUCAGUGCUUUGGGCAGGAUGGGCUGUGAAAUGGGUCGACUGCUGGGUAGCUCCAAGCUGUGUCCAAAACUGUGCCCACAAGCGGGUGAGAAUGAUCUCGUCGUGACGCGAACCUUCUGCCAAAUCCUUCAAGUUGAGAACACCACACGCAGAAAGCAGACUGGACCCAUGCCUGCUCCGACUCCACUCCCGUCGCCAGAGAGAAGACCUAGUUUCGUGUUCAGUCCUGGGACGCAGGGAUCCUGCUCCGAGAUCAGCCCACGAGGCUAGGAAUGAGAUCCCGAAGAGAUACGCUGCCAAGUCUGGCAGAGAUCUAUGAAUGUGUGCAUAGAUCUGUGGGAGGCUUGGGCGAGUGUCUCUGUGGAAGUCUCCCAGAAACGCAGACAACUGGCGGAUAGCAGGAUAGGAGGAUGUGGAGUACAAGGAGGAGGAGGUGCUGCCCCGUCCGCCGUUCGGUAUCCGUGCUGCUCUCGUUAUUGUUAUGAAUAAGUUAAUAACAUGGCGGAAGGCUUCUUUUGUCGUGGCCCAAACAAGCAACAACCUG